AUGGCGUGGCGCUGCUCCGGGCGCACCAACGCCGAGCUCAUCCAGAACCUCUUCAACGCGGGCAUCAUCACGGCGCCGCGGGUGCGCGACGCCAUGAAGUCGGUCGACCGCGCACACUACUGCCCGUCGUCUCCGCAGGCCGCGUACGAGGACUCGCCGCAGCCGAUCGGGUACUCGGCGACCAUCUCGGCGCCGCACAUGCACGCCGCGGCCUGCGAAUCGCUCCUACCCUUCAUGCCGGAGAACCGGGGCGCCAAGGUGCUGGACAUCGGCUCGGGGAGCGGGUACCUGACGCACGUGCUGGCGAACCUCGUGUGCGGGGCCGACGGCAAGGGGGACGGCAAGGUCGUGGGCAUCGACCACAUCAAGGGCCUGGUGGACAUGUCGCGGGAGAACAUGCGGCGGAGCCAGGAGGGCCGCGCCCUGCUCGAGUCCGGCCGCGUCGAGCUCGUCACGGGCGACGGCCGCAAGGGACACCCCGAGGGCGGGCCCUACGACGCCAUCCACGUCGGCGCCGCCGCGAGCGAACUGCACCAGUCCCUGAUCGACCAGCUGAACACGCCCGGGCGGAUGUUCAUCCCCGUCGAGGACGUCGACGGCUGGGGUUCCCAGUGGAUCUGGGUCGUGGACAAGGACAAGGACGGCAACGUCACAAAGAAAAAGGACAUGGGUGUCCGAUACGUGCCCCUGACGGAUGCGCCGACGGCUUGA